AUGUGUGGAAAGGGUGCGUACGGUAUUAUGUCACAAUCAAGAGCCAUGACUGUAACAGACCUCCCAAAGCCCGAACAGGAGCUGCUACAAGCUCACAUGCAGAUUGAGUGUGCAGUGGUGCAUGAUGCCCUUCAGAUGACGAGCUACCGGCCAUGGGCCUACUAUCUCGUGGUCUUGCUUUUCCGGGGCCUCUUUCGCGAUCCAGGCUUCACCCAGAUACUUCUGCCUGCUUGUGCUCCUGGCGGGCGGAACUUGGAGCUCGUGACCGUUAUCGCCGACUCGCAUUUCGACUUUCCACGCAUUGAAAGCUUAGAACUGGAGAUCCAAAGCCGCAGCAUCGCCUACGCAACCUCUGGUCGCCAUGAUCCAGGCAAGCUGCUGCUCGACAUUUUCCAGGAGUUGCUCAAUGUGUUGGCCUUGCCAUUCUCCCCACUGGGGUCAGAAGGUUUGCAGCAGCAGCAAGUGGCGGAGAUCGCCAAGCGCCUGAAAAGGUACAAGGACCCCGCAGCUGCUACUGCCGAGGAUGAAGAGGGCGAUUUAUUGGUCGAGAGCGUGGGGACUUUGGACACUACCGAGAUAGCUUCCACCUUGAGUGGAACUGCUUCGCAG